GCCCGGCCACCCGGGGGACCGGGCCAGUGCCGCGCCGACUGCCGCACGACCGAUCGAAAUGCCGAGCUGAUAUUUAUUAAUAUCCGAAGCCAGAGCGAGCUCUAGUGCGCUUUCGCACAACGACAAUCGCGAGUGUGAUGACGAGGGUGACCGGUGUGUGGUGAGCGUCGGGCAUGCAACAGGCGAACCAGGUGGGGGACAACGGGGGCCCGGCCACCUCCCCCGCGGCCACCGGGGCCACGGGCACGGCCACCACCAGGAGCCACGUGAACGGCGGCCGGUUCGACUUCGACGACGGCGGCACCUACUGCGGCGGCUGGGAGGAGGGGAAGGCGCACGGACACGGCGUCUGCACCGGGCCCAAGGGCCAGGGGGCCUACUCCGGCUCCUGGCACUACGGAUUCGAAGUCUCCGGGGUCUAUACUUGGCCGAGUGGGAGUUGCUUUGAAGGGCAAUGGCAAAAUGGAAAAAGACAUGGACUGGGUGUGGAAACGCGAGGUAGAUGGAUAUAUCGAGGGGAAUGGACGCAGGGUUUCAAGGGGCGUUAUGGCGUUAGACAGUCCAACACGUCCACGGCGAAAUACGAAGGAACUUGGGCGAAUGGCUUGCAAGACGGAUACGGAUCUGAGACUUACGCCGACGACGGCACUUACCAAGGACAAUGGCUGAGGGGUAUGAGGCAUGGCUAUGGUGUGAGAAAUAGUGCGCCGUUUGGCAAAGCGUCCAAAUACAGAGCUAACAAGACAUUAAGAGCGUCGUUGACGUCUCUCCGCAGUAAUGAAGGCAAUACGGGGGCAAACCCAGAGGCGGCGGAGAAACGAGAGAGACGGGUGGACGAUUCCAGAGGAGGCUUCGUCCUCAAGAUGAACUCGGCUGAACCCACGGCCAGGAGGCGAUCUCUCGGUUCCGGGAAUAUCAAAAAGGGAUUGCUGAUGGGGCUGAAGUUGAAAAAGCAACGAAGUACUGGCGAUUUAGAAAAAAGAGGUGGUGGAGGAUCUGGGAGCAUCAGAUCUACAGGAUCAUCAGCCUCUUGGGUCAGCACUGAUUCCGCACAAUCAGGCAUGACGAACGCUUCUAUACCGUCCGAUUCCAAUGCGAGUUUUGUAGUAGAGGACGAGCAAAUGGAUCCCUCAGUUACAGAAACUUACAUGGGCGAGUGGAAGAACGACAAAAGAUCAGGCUUCGGCAUUAGCGAGAGAUCAGACGGUCUCAAAUACGAAGGAGAAUGGUACGCAAAUAAAAAAUAUGGCUACGGUGUGACGACAUUCAGUAAUGGCGAGAAGGAAGAAGGCAAAUACAAAAACAACGUCUUAAUUACGAGUCAAAAGAAGAAACUGUUUUUAAUGAGAUCAGCUAAAUUUAGGGAAAGAAUCGAUGCUGCGGUGAAUGCCGCCCAAAGAGCAUCGAAAAUAGCGUUACAAAAAGCAGAUAUCGCGAUAUCGAGAACGGCAGCAGCGAGAGGUAAGGCUGAACAAGCAGACAUUGCAGCUGCGCAAGCUAAAGAAGACUCAGACGUAGCUACGGCUGUUGCUAAACAAUACGCACCAGAUUUCAAGCAACCCGGUCUCGAAAGACUGAAAGCAAGACAGUUGAAGUACCAAAUUAACACUGAUAUUAGCAUAAACCAAAAAGAGAACCCCCACGUCAAUCAAAUUCCAAACCAAGUACCAAAUCAGAUUCCUAACCAAAUACACAACCAAAUCCCCAAUCAAGUACCUAAUCAAAUACCCAACCAAAUCCCCAACCAAAUCCCGAACCAAACUAACAAACCGGUUUCGAAUCAAAUCGGAAACCAAAUCGGCAACCAGAUACCGAACAAAGCACAUAAUCAGAGCUUUUAUGGCAACAAACCGGACAAUUACUCAGCACAGCAGCCACAGCAACCAACUGUAGGUUUCAAUUUACCACCGAACAACCCGGCAGAUGCGUACGGUAAAGCGAACAACGUUUCCGUACCCCAUCCCACCGAGUUUGGUCCACAAAUAGGUUUCGUGAUAGACAACAAAGUCGUCAACGAGUAUCAGUCCAAACCCAGAAAUUCUAUUCCUUCCGAAGAAGUGCCUCCUCAGAUCAGCGCUCUGAGGAGAGGCUCCAGGCGCGUCUCUGGGGACAGACCGUACUUAGGCAACUUAGGUCAACAGUCUUCGAUAGAUCACUUCGAUCACUACAAGAGGCCUCCUAGUAGAGAUUCGAGUGUAGAUAGGUACUCUAGAGCAACAGGUAGGAUGAGUAGCACGGUCGGUUCUAGGCAACCUUCCGUGGAGAGGUCGUCCCGUCCUUCCGAAACACCCGAUAGAUCAUUAAGAGCACCUUCGGUUGUCAGAGGAACAACACCAGGACCAACGAAUCCAAGUGCGAAGAACGGGUCGGUGCUAACUGGAAGUGCGGCUAAACUGGGUGGAAGCGCCGCCAAGUUGGCUGGAAAUAAUCCUGGACAGGCACCGUUUGAAGAAAUUAUUAUUCGGAAGCGAGGACUUGGCCAGGACAUCAUUCCUUCUCCCAACCAACCGAAACGAACUGAGAGCCUAUUCAUUCCUGGAGCGCCCACGCCGCAAGCACCAGUAAAGAAUCUGGUGCCGCAGUCUACUACGUUGCAACGCAAGAAAUCACUGCCCGAUUUUCAGGAUCUGCCCAGGAGCACCGGUGCCAUGUCCAGGGAGGAGGUGUCCUAUCUGGGGUCGGCGCGCAGGGAGGAGGUUCGCCGCCAACAUGAAGAAACCGAACGACUUCGUGCCAACCCUCUCCUCUAUCUAGUCAGUCCGCAAGUUAAGGAUUGGCUCUCGCGCCAACAGCUGGUGAUUAUAGUGCUGUUCAUCAAUAUAUCGCUGGCCAUCAUGUUCUUCAAGCUGUUAACAUAGUACAGGUUGGGCGUCAGAAGACGCGUGAUUCAGCCGAUUACCCAACAACUAGACAAUUGAUGGAAAUUGUAUAUUAGGACAUAUUUUUACAACAUACCAAAUGCACAGAUUGGGUCAUGCUUGACUUUUGACCAAAGUGUCGACUAUUAUUAUUGUAAUAAUCGCGUGAUCUUGUUGAAAUGCUGUGUUUGGGAACAUUUUCGCUGUUGGAGUUUUUUUCUCAGAUUUUAUCUACAGUUGUUUGUUUAUUUCAUCUUGUUCGCAUUGUGGUUACUUUGUUGUUGAAAACUCUAAUAUUUGGAAUUUUGUUAUGUUUACAUCUCCCAUUUACCAUGGCGUUGUAAAUAAUUGUUAUGCUAGGUUUUAGACUAAAUAUUUUAUAAUCACGUUCUUUGUUUACUGGGGUGCUUUAGUAUCAAAACAGAGACAAGGUGAAGCAAACAAAUCUCAAUAAUUUAUCAUUAUAUUUGACUUGUUGUAAGCGUUAGAGGCAAAGUAUAUUUAGUUGUAGCUUAUACCUAUAUCGUUCUCGGACUAAAGCCCGCAACUAUAUCAAAUGACAAUUUCUGCGAAACGACAUAGUUAUUAGACAAUUCCGCAGAGUUGUCGUAUUUCGGGCGUCACCUCUUUGACCAGGUCUCUGUGCCCUAGUUUACACAAAGGUCGGACAACACCACAAACAAUUACGUUUUCAUGUUUUCUUUUGCUUUGUAGAUUCAAUUUAAUUACAUUUUCACUGUUUCUUGUCGAGUCAGAAUCGGGCGCCGACACCUGCUCAUGACGAGGUCCUAAUACAUUUUUUUGUAACUCUCUUGCAGGCAGGAGAAGAAAUUGUAGAUAUGGAAACGGAAAUGAUGAAAUGUUUGUUUAAAAAUUCAAAUUUUAAAUGUUUAGCUCUUUUACAUAUAAAUUUAUAAAAGAUUUCUAAACUAUUUUUGCGUGCCUUGUUCAACUUAAGUGAUUCGUAAAUACUGUUUGUAAUUAUGCAAACAUUUGUAUGAGCAUUAAACAAAAUUUCUAGAUUUAUAUGGAAUCGAAUGUGUAUUACGAUGUGUCUAUCACUUUAUAUUUUCAAUUAAAUAAACAAAAAGGGCUGACUGCAUUCUUCCCUUAGUCAUAUUGACUUUUA